CAUUUUUUAUUUCUCAUUUGCUCUCUGCGCAGUGCGUAUAUAAUAUAUAGGAUUUUUACAGUAUGUUGAUUCCUCUGCCUCUUCCUCUGUUGUAUUAAAACAGGUUCAGGUUUCGAAUCUAAGAAUGAAUAUCUCUUUGGCAAAAUCGAUAUGCAAAUCAAGUUGGUGGCUGGUAACUCGGCCGGCACUGUCACUGCUUACCAUCUGUCAUCACAAGGGGAUAAGCACGACGAGAUAGACUUCGAGUUCCUGGGAAAUCUGUCUGGAGAUCCCUACAUUAUGCACACUAAUGUUUUCUCUCAAGGCAAGGGCAAUCGGGAGCAGCAAUUCUACCUCUGGUUCGACCCCACAGCAGACUUCCACACUUACUCUCUGCUCUGGAAUCCCCAGCAAAUUAUGUUUUCUGUGGAUGGAACACCGGUGAGAGUGUUCAAGAACAGCGAGGAUUUAGGAGUGGCAUAUCCGAAGAAUCAAGCGAUGAGAUUAUAUUCUAGCCUGUGGAACGCAGACGAUUGGGCAACCAGAGGCGGUGCAGUGAAGAUCGACUGGACCAAAUCCCCCUUUGUCGCCUCUUAUGGAAAUUUCAAAGCACAAACAUGCUCUGCCUCUUCUGAUUGCUCUGUUAAUUCAUGGUACGCUGCAGAAGCGUUGGAAUCGAGUGAGCAGCAGAAACUUCAAUGGGUGCGCAAGAACUAUAUGAUUUACGAUUAUUGUACAGACAGUAAAAGGUUUCCUCAGGGCUUUCCUCAUCAAAUUCUUUCAUUCUUUGGUUUUUUCCCAAAUAAGCUAUACUUGUAUCCCACCCAAGUAAAUAUAUAUAUUUUUAAAUGACCUCUUA